CCAGAUCCUGUUUGGAUAUUCAAGCAUUGGAUCAAAGAGCGUGUGCAUGAACAUUCUGUGUUAUUGGUCGUAGCUGAGUGUUACUAAUCAGACAUGUAGAAUGAAGUAAAGAUCAACAGCAGACGCGUCCGAAAUUGCAUCUCGUAGAAGUAUUCCGAGGAAACGGUGCGAUCAACGUCGAUUGCGCUGGCAAUCGUCCCAGCAGAUAGUAAACCUGGCAAGAAGCGGCAACGCCCUUACCCUAGCGGGAAGAUGAAGGCCAGCCUGGUUCGUCGGCUCGUUGGCACGUCCGUGACCUAAGGCCGUCGGUCGCGUCGGGUCUGUUCCGGCCGGAGAAAAGAGUCGCGCGCGAGGAGGGAGGCGCGAGGCCAAGGUGGUGGUAAACGGAAGGGUGGUUCCGUUUACGGCGGCCGAGCAUGACGACGAUCGUGACGAGCACGGAGCCGACGGAGUCCUCGGUCGACGUGACGACCCUGUUCAACGCGAUCACGACCGAGGACAGCCCGGCCGCGAACAACAACUACCCCACCGAGCACAAGUGGUUCGUACCGGCGACGAUUGUCAAGGGUUGCCUCCUCGGCUCGAUAAUCCUGACCGCGGUCUUCGGCAACCUGCUCGUGAUGGUGUCGGUGAUGCGUCACCGGAAGCUGCGCAUCAUCACGAACUACUUCGUGGUCUCGCUGGCCCUGGCCGACAUGCUCGUGGCGAUGUUCGCGAUGACGUUCAACGCGAGCGUGCAGAUAACCGGCAAGUGGCUGUUCGGUUACUUUAUGUGCGACGUGUGGAACUCGUUGGACGUUUACUUCAGCACCAGCUCGAUACUUCAUCUGAUGUGCAUCUCGGUCGACCGUUAUUGGGCGAUCGUGAAACCGCUCAAGUAUCCGAUCAUCAUGACCAAGAGGCUGGCCGCGUACAUGCUGCUCGCCUGUUGGAUCAUGCCCGCGUUCAUUUCGUUCGUGCCCAUAUUCAUGGGCUGGUACACCACCGUCGAGAACAACAUGCAUCGCCGGAAACACCCGGACCUGUGCGAGUUUAAGGUGAACAAGGUUUACGUGAUCUUCUCGUCGAGCAUCUCGUUCUGGAUACCGUGCACCAUCAUGACGCUCACGUACUUCGCGGUAUUCAGAGAGGCGAACAAGCAGGAGAAGCAGAUGCACAGCAGAAUGGGCAAUGUUAUGCUGUUGAGUCACAGGCCCAGCAAGGAUCUGAACAACCUCAACGGGGAGUUGAAUAGCGCGGGCUCGUCGAAAACGCUCACGCUGAACGAGAUCAGUACGGAUCAUCUGCACACUCCUACUAAGGAUAAGAACAUCAUGAAAAUGAAGAGAGAGCACAAGGCUGCCAGAACAUUAGGCAUCAUCAUGGGCACCUUCAUUAUAUGUUGGUUGCCAUUCUUCCUGUGGUACGUGAUUACAACGCUGUGCGGCGAGACCUGUCCCUGUCCGGACGUGGUGAUCGCGUUGCUUUUUUGGAUCGGCUACACGAACUCGGCGUUGAAUCCGCUGAUCUACGCGUACUUUAACCGCGACUUCCGAGAAGCGUUCAAGAACACGCUCCAGUGCGCUUUCUGCUCGCUCUGCAGACGAGAGCCGUCCGACCUCGAGGGGCUCGAUUUCCGUCGGCCGUCCCUAAGGUACGACGACCGCACUAAGAGCAUAUACUCUGAGACGUACAUGAAGCACGUCGAUCGGCGGAGAUCGAGCGAGUACGGUAGCAGCCUCUGAGACGAGAGGAUCGCCGGAUUUGUACCAUGAACAGCAUCCGCGAUGGUGCGAACAAACAUUGAAAGAGAAACAAAAAGACACGCAUAAAUACAUAUACACGCCUACCUAAUUUAAAAUACAUACAUCCGUCGCCUACACACACGCAACAAUUAUUAAAUCGUCGAGUAAUUGUACGUUGAAGUAUGUAAGUAUGCGAGUAACGUGUAGCCCGCCUCGAGAGACUCUUCUCUAGCCAAAAACAAAAUAACUCACGAGGGACGUGUACCGUGUCGUUACGUUAAUCUCGCGUUGCAAACGUAUCCAGCCGCUCGUGCUUACGGUUUCAAGACACGCGUUUUCAAUUCAGCAAAUUGAUAAUAGCCUCCAGAAACAUCAUCUCAUGCCCAUCGAAGUAUUCAAUAUUAAUACAUGCUCAAUUAUAAAAGAGGUGUUCGCAUAGAGAGACUUGACGAGAGUCAUCGGAAACUUUUUUAUCAGAACCACGGAGUUUGUCACUUAAUAGGAUAAGAUUUCUAACAAUCAGAAAAUCAGAAUUAGUAUCCCGCGCACGUAACGCGAAUAUCAUUUUUAAUACGCGAACCCCUCUCAAUAAAUCCGUCAGCCAAACGAAACGGGAACAAGCCACAGAUAUUUCUCGCACGAGGAAGCUCUAACGAACAAAAACGGCCGUUGAAACCGGGAGCACUCGCGGUCAGGGAAUACAGGGACACACGGUAGGAAUCACGUACCAUUUGCAAAACGAUCACAGAGAUGCACGCAGAUGAAUGGAGACUCGAAUGAAACGCGUACGUCACGUUCGCAUUGCCAAAGAUAGUAUAUUUAAGCGAAGCCGAGAAACGUGAAAGAAAACGCGAUCGGGAUUAUUUCGAAGAAUGAAGGGAAGAUUUUUGGGAAGAGGGCGAAUAGUUCAAUUUGCCAAUUUUACCUCUUAAUUCUUCAAUAUCAAUCCUAUUGGGUGGCCCACGUCGCUGAUUCAUCGACAUGCUCAAAAUUGUUUACCAAUUUCCUUUUCUCGUUCUGUGCACAGAGAAGUGAAACGAGAUGAUUAUUUGAUCAGAGAUAUAUUGGGUACGUGGGAGCAAACGUCUAGUGAAAUCGCGAAUUUGAUUGAUAGCUCGGUGCUCGAUUCGAGGCUUGAUUUUAAUAAAUACGUUCUCGUGAAUAGUAAAGGGAAUGUUCGCAGGCAAACACGGCGUGGAUAGUUUUUAUUAUCGUUAGUUCAAUUAGUAUUAUUGCUCACAAGAAUGUUAUUACAUGACACGUUACAUGACAUAUUCCCAAAGUUUAUAUCAACGGUGUUACGUAGAUUUUUCUUUUUAAAUCGCGACGCGGCGUACACAUUAAUUUCUAAAUCGAUUUUUAUCUAUCGUUACGAGUGCUUUCGAUUAUCGUUAUUUAUUUCGUCGGUGGAAAAUGUUUCAUUACGUUUUAUUCAAAUUGGCUGUCGUUAAACGAUUUUAAAGACAAUGUAAAUAGGUAGCGCGUUCUUUUUUUUUAUGAAAUCUACGAACAAGGUUCCUUUUGCUUCUUGUUUGCGGUUAAACAAAGUCUUCCGUCGAAGAAAGUGUAACUGCUAUUUCUUAGGCUGAAGGCAGUGUGAUACGAACUACGAAGGUAACUACAUAUAGCUAGUUCAAUGUUUCUUCUAUUAUUUAUUAUAUACGAACCUCGUGUUUCAUCGAGUUAAUUACGUUAAAUAGUUGGAAAAAAUUUUUAUUUUUAUACGUACGCGAACUGUGCUAUUAUUUUUAUUAUUUUAAUUUUACUCCGCAGAAUGCAUGUUAGAUCUUAUUGGAUAUUCCUUUGGAGAAAUGCAAGCGUUUAACUUAGCUUCUAGUCAUACAAUUGGUGGUUUUUAGUUGUUUUACUAUAUUGAAGCAAUAACAACAUUGGAAUCCGAAGGACUCAAAGAUUUCAUUUUAUACAUACAUAUAUUACAAUGUAAUUAAAUACUGAAUGAAGUGUUCAAUAUGCUAGUAAUAAUAAUAGUGAAACUAAAUGUAUAUUUAUUGGCAAAUCAAAAAUUAAGCAAGCGUAACAAGGUUUUAGUAAGAGAAAGACGAAACGAGAUAAAUUACGCUUCUUUAUAAAAUUUCACAAGUGAACGUUCGUCUCGGAUAUUAAAAUAUACACAGAUAUUACGAAACAUGAUAUUUAAAUCUCUGUGAUCAGUAUUCCUAAUUAAUUAAUUUAAAAACUAACACGGCUUGUAGUGUAUUUAAGGAAAGAGCAGCUAAUCGCGAUUCAAGUAUUCUAUUUUUAGUUGUUAAUUGCGAUUAUUGGUUUAUGCUUUCGUUAAUCAUUUAUUGCGUACUUUCAGAAUUUUUAAUUCUUCACACGGUAUAUCGAUUUCGUCUUGUUUCUUUAAUUAUUCAUCGUUUCUCUCUGUGAUAAAAUUCCCGUGCUGACAUUUAUUGUAAAUAGUCAACGCUCAUUGUAAAUAUACCUGUGUUGUUUCAGUAGCGCGAUCAGCGAUAGCCAAGGAGACCCUGUUUCUUUUAUAUAAAAUGAUCCCUUAGUUAAUAAAAGAAAAAAAAAAAACGAGGAAAGAAGCGUUUAUAGUCAGCGUGUCAUUAAGCAUUAAUAUGUAUAAU